GAUAUCGUAAAUAUGAUGAAAUGUGAGCACUGUUGACAAAGUUGGAUGGGUUCAGCGCUCCAAUAUGGACGCCUGCCUGGAUUCAGCGUUCGUCAUCGCGUUUUUUCCAGCGUCCCCUUGCGUGUUCAUGCACUCGCCCGACAGGCUGGUUUCAUAACGCGGCUACAGCAGCAGAGGGAUGGGGCUCGUCCGCUGACUUCAGCCGGGCUGUGUCUGUGCAACCUUAAGAGGAGGAGAUGCGCCGCUAAAGGACGCUGCUGAUGCUGCUGCUCGUCUUCUUUGUUUCUUCUUCGUGAACAUCGACCACCGGGGGUCCGGGAAGGACGGAAGGACGGGACGGAAGGGGGGGGGACGCGCCUGACGGGAUAACCGAGGAUGGAGUUCAAGCAUCUGGUGGAGGCGGCCGAGAAGUGGUGCUCCGGCAACCCGUUCGACCUCAUCUUCGCCGAGGAGGACGACGAGAGGCGGUUGGACUUCUACGCGGAGCCCGGCGUCUCCUUUUACGUGCUGUGUCCAGGCGGAACCGACACUUUCCACGUGUGGAGCGAGAGCGAGGACUGCCUACCCUUCUUACAGCUGGCUCAGGAUUACAUCUCAUCCUGCGGCAAGAAGACUCUGCUGGAGGUGCUGCAGAAGGUCUUCACGUCCUUCAGGCCUCUGCUGGGACUCCCUGACAUAGAGGACGAAACGUUUGAGCAUUACCACGCUGACAUGGAGGGGGAACCGGGGUCCGACCACCAGCAGAUGGGGGUCAGCCAGCAGUGAUGAUUCCCCGGAGAGGAGACCUGUUCGCCAGGAGUUAUUUAUCAAUGAGUUUACUCACUACUGACACAAACACAAACACAGGGCCAAUUUACUAAAAAAAAAUAUAUUGAAUGUUUUCAGUGGCUUUGCUUUUUAAGGUGUGUGUUGCACUUUGUUAAUGCCCCCCCCCACCCCCACCACAGCACACACACAUCUUGUAUAUAGAGAUACAAACAGGGCUACGUGAGCCGUAACCACGCACCAUGAGAGUAUCAUAAUCAUUCACCAUUUGGUUAAAGUUCCACAGCAGCAGCAAUAUGACAUGGGUUUAUGCAGUAAGAUGUUACGGCAAUACACUUCCCCUGUGGCUUUGGAGACGAAUGUGACCGUUAACCUACUUUCCAUGCUAGCCUGGUUGACACAUGAGCGAUGGACGGCUGCAUGGGUGAAAAGUGCCAGCUUUGUGACCCACAGAUUAGAUUAGAGAGACGCUCUGUGGAGAUUUUCUUGUUUAGGGUGUGGGGAGGGGGGAGGGGGGUGGACAGCACAACUGUAAUGAUUCAACUUCCUGUUUAGAGCAGCGGUUUCCUCAUCACGUGGAAAUGACUGGAUGCGCCUCUGCGGAGGGGCAUGGAGAAUUUUCUCGGGUUACGUCACCUUAAGAGGACUGUUUUUUUCCGUCGAUGUUGCUAUCUUGUGACUGUCACAACAAAGUGCUGCAGCGUGAAGCUCUUCCUGGUUCGGAGUGUCACAUGACGCGCUUAUUGAUUAUCUUGUCUAUCUGUGGUCUUCCUAUAGUUGUUGCCUUGCCUUUUCCUAGCACAAUACCUUACCUUAUCUUACUCAAGCAUAUUUUAAUAAAUGCAAGCCCCCAGUACCCCUAGUAUGUACAUUUUAGGUUAAAAACAUUGAGCUUGGAGUCUUAACAUUUAGGGGUACAUUACAUUGCACAGAAAAGGGACUCCGCCUGUACUCCUGCGUAAAUCUUUAUUUUAGUCCCAGUCACAUCUUGCACACCGCAAUGCUUCGAACCCCCCACCGCCUUCACACAUGCAAGACUGUUUCAGAUGGUUUAUCUUUAGCCUGUUUACUUGUAAAUGUUUGGCCUCUUUGAAUGUUCCUUAUUGCAGUGUACCUUUUCUUCUGUUUGUCCUCAGACGUGUGUGCAAUUGUUCCAAUAAAGCGUGUGAACCCA